CCUCAGAGGGGGAACACCAGGCUGGGGGACAUGUACUUGGCAGAAGAGGUAUAAGGAGUACAGCAUACCACAAAGGACAUGUACCUAGGAUCCUAAAGGGUUCCAUUCUGGUUGUGCUACUAACCUGCUAGAUCCCAGCUGUCACUUCACUGUUCUGGGCCUUGAUUCUCACCCGAAAUGAGCAUUUGGGGCUAUACAACCUGGAGGUCCCCUCUACCUGCCAUUUGUGGGCUUCCAGCUGCAGAGCUCUUCUUACCACAGAAGGCACUGCCUUCAUCUUGUGGCCUCAGCUUGUUUUUAUCGUGGCAGGGCACUACCCCUAGGGGAGACUCCAAAGACCCCCUUCCCAGGGGGCUUCUGGGCCCUGUGCUCACUGUGUACUCCCUAUCAAGGCCAGUGAAGAAAACAGUGGCACACAGGCUGCCCCAAGUCUAUCUGACAAGCCACAACUAUUGUCUGAGGGAACCAGAAAGUCCUGUCUCAGGCCGGCCCUCUUUUUGAGGCCUCCCAGUUCAGCCAGCUCCUCCCCUCUGGGGCCUGGCAGCUCUGGCAUGGAUUGGCAUGGUCUCCACCUCCUCCUCCUCCCUGUUCUCCACUUUGAAGCCUUGGCUCCACCCCAGCUCUGGCUCUUCGGAUUGGUGCUCUAGCCAGCUGCUGUCGGGGGGGCUGGGCUGACCCUUCCAGAGGAUCCCAGCUGGCCCCAUGACUCACCGGGGGUUCUGCUGGGUCCAUCUGGCUUUUUCCCUGCUUCUACUAUCAAGCCACCAACACUAGAAAGUUUUCUUAGAUGAGAACAGGGAGUUCCUAGGCUGCUCUGUCAUACCACUGAUGCUCAGCAGUGACUUUGGGUAUCUAACUAAUCCGCCUCCUUUCUUAUGGCCAAGAAAUUGCACAGGGAGGAGAAGGCCAUGGACAAAAAGCUGCUGUGAAGGCAGGAGGGCCAGUAACUAGGCUGCUGGGGAUGGCCUGUGGGCAGUGAGUGACAUGCAUGAUCUAGAGAGAAACUGGGAGGGCCUCCCCUCCUUGGAGACAGACAGCCUGAAAGAGGGUAAGGGAUGAGCAUUCAUGACUGCUUUGCUUAUCUCCCAUUGCAGGUCCCAGCAGCUGGGGUUUCCCCUCAGCCUUUGAGAGGCCAUGUCCAACCCCACUGCCCCCCCUCCAUAUGAGGACCGCAACCCCCUGUACCCUGGCCCUCCGCCCCCUGGGGGCUAUGGACAGCCAUCUGUCCAUCCUGGUGGGUACCCUGCCUACCCUGCCUACCCACAGCCUGGUUACGGUCACCCUGCUGGCUACCCACAGCCUAUGCCCCCCAUCCACCCGAUGCCCAUGAACUAUGGCCCAGGCCAAGGCUAUGAUGGAGAGGAGAGAGCAGUGAGUGACACCUUUGGGCCUGGAGAGUGGGAUGACCGGAAAGUCCGACACACCUUCAUCCGAAAGGUCUACACCAUCAUCUCUGUCCAGCUGCUCAUCACAGUGGCCAUUAUCGCUAUCUUUACCUUUGUGGAACCAGUCAGCGCAUUUGUGAGGAGGAACGUGGCUGUGUACUAUGUGUCCUAUGCUGUCUUCAUUGUCACCUACUUGACCCUUGCCUGCUGCCAGGGACCCAGACGCCGGUUCCCAUGGAACAUCAUCCUGUUGACUCUUUUUACUUUUGCCAUGGGCUUCAUGACAGGCACCAUUUCCAGUAUGUAUCAAACCAAAGCUGUCAUCCUUGCAAUGAUCAUCACUGCUGUGGUGUCCAUUUCUGUCACCAUCUUCUGCUUUCAGACGAAGGUGGACUUCACCUCGUGUACAGGCCUAUUCUGUGUCCUGGGAAUUGUGCUGAUGGUGACUGGGAUUGUCACUAGCAUUGUGCUGUACUUCAAAUAUAUUUACUGGCUCCACAUGGUCUAUGCUGCUCUGGGGGCCAUUUGCUUCACCCUGUUCCUGGCUUAUGAUACACAGUUGGUCCUGGGGAAUCGGAAACAUACCAUCAGCCCAGAGGACUACAUCACAGGUGCCCUGCAGAUCUACACAGACAUUGUCUACAUCUUCACCUUUGUGCUACAGUUGAUGGGGGAUCGCAACUGAGGACCACCCAUUCCCCCCACCCUGGGCUUUCCCUUCCCUAGAAGGCUGGGCCUCAGAUCCUUCCCCUCAAGUAAUAUGCCAGUUUCCUUUCUGUCCUGGGGAUGGGUGGCCUCUCUGGCUGGAUGUGUGGAAACCUGGAGGGCUAGAGGAGCUGAGAACUCUUGCCCUUGGUGGGCCUGGUAAGGACUAGGCUGAAGGUGUGUCCUGCCCUCUACAUGGCACCGAACUCUUAGCAGCUAUGUGGGUGGGUGUGUGAGAAGCCUAUUCUAUAGUAGAAAGGGAAUAUGAACAUGGAAGGGGCUUCAAGGUGAAGAGAUUCCCUUCCCACCUUUGCCACAGGCUCCUAGGCCAGGUAGCUGGUGCUGCUUCCCCUCCUAAACCCAAAAAAGCCAGACAGCUUUGUUACCAGCCCCUGGAUUCAUAGGCCACCAUCCUGUACUCCUUAGGUUUGGCACCUCUUAGCUGGGGAAGGUAGAAGAGAUCUGUGCCCAGGGGUCUUUAUGCUCCACCGGCACCUUGUUUCAGUAAUGUGUAUAUAUUGUUUAUCUGGGCUGGGAUGGGGGAAGAAGAGUGAGCAAAGUAGAGGGCCCAACAUACAGCAGUAUCCACCCUGGGCUUCCUCUAGGCUUGGAUGGUGGUGGAGAGAGUAGGUCACAGGAGCUACCUGGCACUUAAGAGGAAAACGUGAUGGAUGAAGGUCAGCAAAUGGGGUAGUUUGUAGGCUCUCAAAGCAUCCAGGGUGAGGAGACAAUGGGGAGAGAGCAGGAAAAAUGCCCGAGGGUCCACUACCUGAUCUGAGAAAUAUUGAAGCCCACUGUGGUACCCAAGAAGACUUCUGUGUGCUUUUCUCUGCUAACCCAGGGAGGGCCCCAAGUGGAAGGUGACUUCCUUUCUCCAUGUAUUUUGAAUUCCCUGUGUUGGUUCUUAGACUGGAGCCCCAUCUCUCCUGCCAGCUACUGCUUUCUUUGUAAUACAAAUGCCUCAAGCUGGAAUGGUGGGUGGGGGACAGGGUCAUCUAUUGGGUGGGGUGGAAACCACAUCAGCCCAAGGACAUUAUUAGAAUGUCUCUAUUGAGUUCUUGACCUAAAUAUAUCACACAAAGGGACAUAAACUAGAAGUGUAAUAAAGUCUUAUGUUUGGAAGUUAAACCCUGUGUGGCUCUGGUUUUCUUCACUGGAAGGUGGUGGCUCUGCCACUGCAUCCACUUCCUCCCUCUGUCUGAACUCUAGUGGAUCUGUCUCUGGCACCUAUUCCUAGGUAACCACGCCCAUUUUAUCAUCCUCUUAAGAGUCAUCAUGCUUACUGUUUUUGUGUCAUGGACCCUUUACAAAAGUUCUCAAGAGCUAUUAACUUUUCCUCACAAAGCCGUGUGUAUAUCCACACUUCUAUAGGUGGGGGAGGGGAACAACAACGGACUCAGAAUCUAUUACAAAAUCUCUAGUCCAGUCUUUCACAAAGGAGGAAAGUGAGGCCCCCAAGAGGUUGUGACAUUGUGCGUUUUGCUUCCACAACUUGCAUGAUGCCUUUGAUUUUACUAUUUGUUUCAAGGCUGAGUGGGACCCCACCCUGCUGGCCAGAAGCUCUGAGGGGUUGGUCCUCAGGGUCUGUGCCUAGGCUUGUUGCAUUUAAGCCUGUGGUUGCCCCACCACCCAGCCAGG